AUGUUUCAACUCUCGUUAUUUAUUGCUGUAUUCAUAUGCAUCAGUCUGAUAGAAACACCAACAUCGGAAGUAGAGGACCUCAAGCAAUCAAUCGACUGGACUACCGAUGAUUUUGAAACGAAUCUGAAAAAGAAGAAUCUCAUUGUCGAGUUCUACGGAAUGCUCUGCCAGAGCUGUAAUAGUUUAUACAGCAUAUUGUGGACGCUGAUGGGCAUACAGGGUAUAGCCAGUACGAGUCUUGCCAUUGGCGCCAUAAACUGUUCCACUUACGAGUCCUUUUGCAUCAGUAAUAAUGUCACGAACUACCCGACUCUUCUGUACUUUGAAAGGAACGAUGGAGUGCCAAAGAAAUCGUACAACACGAGCGCCUUUAUGCCCGCGAAAAUUCUCGUGAAAAAGGAAGAUGAACAGCAAAACGACAAGUCCGAGGGCUGUAAGCUCGGUGAAGUGUUCCCAUUGACCAACAAAAAUUUCGAUUCAUACACCAAAAGUAGGAAUUUCUUUGUGAAGUUCUUUCAACCAAGCUGCGCAUUCUGUUUGGCCAUAAAGCAGGUGUGGAUUGAUCUGGCCAUCGAACUGAAGCAGGAAACGGGAGUUUGUAUCGGAGAGCUCGAUUGUUCCGACUUCAAAGAUUUAUGCAAAAUGUAUCAUAUAACCGCCGUGCCAAAGAUGAUAUGGUUUGGCCGUGGUAAUGACAUCAGGGUCUAUAACGGCGGGGGCAACUUGAAGUUGAUGAAGCGUUUCGUCUUAGAUAUGAUUGAUAAUAACGGCUCGCUGCCAGCUCACAAAGUUUCAACUGCUCCCAGUAAUCCAUGUUAUCCAAAAGGAGUUUUGGUUUUUAUCAGCAUGUUGGGAUUUAUCAAAAAUUAUUUGUUGAUUUAA